UUUAUUUUUCUCAAGUCAAAAUUUAUCAGAAACAACCUCUUUAUAAAGUCUGCAUGCACACUAUCCUCCUUAUAUAAUUACAAAGUAAAUAUGUUGCAUCGAAAAUUGGGUGGGAAAAAAAAUUAAUGUUGCUUCAAGGUGACUUUCCCAUGUACAAUCUAUUGUUCCGUAGGAAGCUUUAACGUAACUGGUAAAGUUGUUGUUACGUGAUCAAGAGGUCACAAGAGUUCGAAACAUGGAAACGGCCUCGCCUUGUGGUCCGACUCUUCAUUGAACUCCGUGCAUAGCAGUAACUUAGUGCACUCCCCCGAAUAGGAAAAAAGGUACAUAGUGGUGCAUCCACAAAACUCUGCUCCGGAUAGUACUUGUUAUUAUUAUUGAAUUAAACGUUCAUCCCUACAAAAGGAGAAUCGGCUGCACGAGGAAAAGAGUCACAGAAGUCCUGCGAAUUUCAAUACAAAGAGGGCCGAGGGGUCAAAAUUAACUUAUUUUUGAACUGGGCCACUCCUCACUACAGAUCAAGCACGUCAGAUUUGAGAUUAAUUCUCUUUUUUGCUUUCGAUUUUCUUGCUCGAUCUACGGUGGUGGCAUUUCUUUGCAGUCAAGAGAAUAAGUGAAGCUUCCAAGGAUCAUCUCGUAGUUCUCUUCCAUUUUGAAGCUUAGACAUGGCAGAAAAGGCAUGUGUAAAGCGACUCCAGAAGGAAUAUAGAGCACUUUGUAAAGAACCUGUCUCCCAUGUUGUGGCCCGCCCUUCUCCAAAUGAUAUUCUUGAGUGGCAUUACGUGUUGGAGGGGAGUGAAGGAACACCCUUUGCAGGUGGAUAUUAUUAUGGGAAGAUUAAGUUUCCUCCAGAAUAUCCAUUUAAACCUCCAGGAAUCAGCAUGGUUACUCCAAAUGGAAGAUUUAUGACGCAAAAGAAAAUCUGUUUAUCUAUGAGUGACUUUCACCCAGAGAGUUGGAACCCUAUGUGGUCUGUGUCAAGCAUACUCACGGGACUGCUCUCAUUUAUGAUGGACAACAGUCCUACCACAGGCAGUGUAACAACAACAGUUGCUGAAAAACAGAAGCUUGCUAAGGCUUCACUUGCUUUCAAUUGUAAAAACCCAACCUUUAGAAAAUUGUUUCCAGAAUAUGUGGAGAAGUAUGAAGAGGAGAAGGUGAUGGUGCAUCCUACUCAGGAGCAGGUUUCAACCAUACCAACUCAAGCAGAAAAUUCUACACCCUUGUUGGAUGGUCUGAAUAAAGUAGAGCCACAUAAAGACGUGAAAAACCAACAGAGGAAAUCUUGCCCAACUUGGUUAUUGUUGUUGCUAGUAUCAGUUUUUGGCGUUGUAAUGGCUCUGCCUCUACUUCAGCUUUGAUGGUGAGUUCCAUUAGGCAGGAAAUGUAUUAUUGCACUACGCUUUAGAACAAAGCAUCCGAAAUCUGUGGUUGUGUAAUCCUUAUCUGGGUUAUUACCGAGAAGUCCAAAAUAUUGUAGGAUUUUCUUAUACUUCUCAAGAAUGUAUAGGCCUAGUGGACAUCAUACUGAUCUCUAAGUCUAGCUGAUGGGUUUUCCUUUUCUACUUUUGUAGUCUUGUCACUUAAAAUAUGAAAUUCUGUGUUGUAAUA